AUGUCAUAUAAUCCCAGUAAUAAAAAUUCCAUCAAAUCAAUUUUAAAUGAUAAACAUCAAAAUGAAUUCACUUCCCCACUUGGUUUUGAUGCUGUCGUUAUUGAUGGUGAUGAUGACGCAGAUCGUCCAGCAGCAGAAAGUAGUCCGAUAGCAAAACAGUUAAGUAGUUUAUCAGCCAGUACUCUAUCACCAAGGCGAUUUGAAGAAUCUUCAUCACAAUGCUUGAAUAAAUCAUCGAAUUCAUUUCAGAUAUCCUUUUUGAAUAAAAAUUCAACCAACCAACCUCCUGGUCAACAUCAACACCAACAACGUCAGACAUCAGCUGAUCCAGUAAAUUGCUUUAUUUGUCCAACUGAUGAAACAAUCAAUUCAAUUCAAGAACCUGCACGUAUACUAUCCAAUCUCUUUGCUAAUUUACCGAAACCAUCACAAUUUUUACAACAGUCCACUUUUAAUCUAUACUCGAAUAACUACAUUCACCAUUUUCCUCAGUAUCCUGAUCAUUGGAAUACUCUAAUGAAUCAUGAAAAUCUGACAAGCUGUCUAUCGCAUAGUGCUCUGAAAGGCUUUCCAAACGUUCACAUACUUCUUGAUAAUCACUAUCCACACUUCCAGAAACACCAGUUACCAGCUGUAGGUGAGUCGACUUCAAGUCCCCUAUUUAUGUCGUCGGCAUCUUCAUGUUUUCACGGACUAUAUGAGAACUUUAUCCAGAAAAAUUCAUAA